AUGUUUUCAGGUAAAGCAGUACCUUUCGUCGAGCUCACGGUAGCCCAUGCUUCCGUGCUCACCAUACUGGCCAUCAGCUUCGAGAGGUAUUACGCCAUUUGCGAACCACUGCGAGCAGGUUACGUGUGCACCAAGACCAGAGCGAUGAUCAUAUGUCUGCUGGCCUGGGGACUGGCCGCGCUCUUCACUAGUCCGAUCACAAUGAUCUCGGAAUACACGCAAAUGGACUACAUCGACGGCACCAAGGUGCCCGUGUGCCUGACCAAGGCCAACACGUUCUGGCCGAUAGCGUUCUUCGUGGCCAUCAUCGGCGCGUUCUUCGUGGUACCGCUGUUCGUGCUGGUCGUCCUGUACACGGUGAUCGCCGCGCACCUGAUGGCCGACCCGGGCACCAGCUGCACGGACAGCGCGUGCAACCAGCGCGCCCGCCGGCAAGUGGUGCUCAUGCUGGCCACCGUGGUCCUGUCCUUCUUCGUGUGUCUGCUCCCGUUCCGCGUGUUCACCAUGUGGAUCAUCCUGGUGCCUGAGCACACGUUCCUGGACCUGGGCCUCAAGCACUACUACAUCAUACUGUACGCGUCCCGGGUCAUGGUCUACCUGAACUCGGCCGUCAACCCGAUCCUGUACAACCUGAUGUCCUCAAAGUUCCGGCGCGGAUUCUGCAAGCUCUGCCGGUCCCGAUGUGGCGGCGUCGACGACGGUUACGACGGUUACGACGACGGCGGCUCGGGCGGUUGCGGCGUCGUCGGGUGCGGCGGGCGCCGACGCAGACGACGUGGGCGCCGUCGGGACGUGUUCAGGCUUCGGCCCACCGGCACGCUCACCACGACGCUGUCGCGGUCGUGUAGUGGACCGCCGGCGCGCGGCAGUAACGGAACAGGAAACGGCAACGGAACCGGAAACGGUUCGGUUAGGCAACACGUCGACGUUACCGCGGCCACCAACACGGCCGCGGCAGUAGUCACCGCCCUGUUCGGCCGUCACCGCGGAGUAAAGACGCGUCUGCAGGUCGAUGACGAUCAUCUGAAGGAGAGUUUUGUAUGA